AUGUUCAAAUAUCUGAUCUUCUUCGCUAUCUUGGCUGUGGCUUUUGCCAAGCCCUUAGUGUAUACUGCACCAUUUGCUGCGGCGUACACGGCCCCAGUUGCCGCAGCAUACACCACUCCCGUGGCGUACUCAGCGUACAGCGCGUACUCUCCGGUCGCUUACUCUGCCUACACUUACGCAUCUCCUUACUCUUAUUAUCUU